AAAUUAAACCAGGAAUAACCUAUGCAGAACCCUUGCCUCAACCAUCCCCCAGUAUUUCCUGACACAUAUUUUUGCUGACAGUCCAUCCUAAAUAAAGAAUGGGGUUCAACCUGACAUUUACAAAAUUACCAGAUACCGAGCUGCUCAGCCAAGGGAGCCACGUUCCAAGUAAUGCCAGCGAUGGCCUCGGAAGGAAUACCACCCUUAACAACGAGUUCGACACCAUCAUCAUGCCUGUGCUUUACCUCGUUGUAUUCGUGGCAAGCCUCUUGCUGAAUGGUCUAGCAGUGUGGAUCUUCUUCCACAUUAGGAAUAAAACCAGCUUCAUAUUUUAUCUCAAAAACAUAGUAGUUGCUGACCUCAUAAUGACACUGACAUUUCCAUUUCGAAUAGUCCAUGAUAUAGGAUUGGGACCGUGGUACUUCAAGGCCAUCCUCUGCAGAUACACCUCAGUUUUAUAUUAUGCAAACAUGUAUACUUCCAUCGUGUUUCUUGGGCUGAUCAGCAUUGAUCGCUAUCUGAAGGUGGUAAAGCCAUUUGGGGACUCUCGCAUGUACAGCAUAACCUUUACGAAGGUUUUAUCCAUUUGUGUUUGGGUGAUCAUGGCUAUUUUGGCCUUGCCAAACAUCAUCCUAACAGAUGUUCAACCAACUAAAGAAAAUAUUCAUGAAUGCAUGAAACUUAAGAGUCCCUUGGGAGUCCGAUGGCAUAAUGUAGUCAUUUACCUCAAAAGCUGCUUAUUUGUGGCUGUGCUGGUGAUCCUGAUUGGGUGUUACAUAGCCAUAUCCCGGUACAUCCACAAGUCCAGCAGGCAGUUCGUCAGCCAGUCAAGCCGGAAGCGGAAACAUAACCAAAGCAUUAGGGUGGUGGUGGCUGUGUUUUUCACCUGUUUUCUACCAUAUCACUUGUGCAGAAUUCCUUUUACUUUUAGUGACUUAGACAGACAUUUAGAUGAAUAUGCACACAAAAUCCUGCAUUACUGCAGAGAACUGACACUUUUCUUGUCUGCGUGCAAUGUGUGCCUGGACCCAAUAAUUUACUUUUUCAUGUGUAGGUCAUUUUCAAGAAGGUUAUUCAAGAAAUCAAAUAUCAGAACCAGGAGCGAAAGCAUCAGGUCACUGCAAAGUGUCAGAAGAUCAGAAGUCCGCAUAUAUUAUGACUAUACUGAUGUGUAGGAGUUAAAGGCUAGGAGACCUCCCCUUGUAUGUUGAAGUCGAUAUGUACAAAUUGCAAAUAAAUGUUUCUUUUGAUUAA